CAUAAUCGAACUCAGAGUAGAAAAAUUAAGAAACGGUAUUUUUGUUUUAGGCACGUUUACAUUUUGAAAUGUUGUCAAUUCUGCUACCGCAAUUCUGAAUCGACUGUCGCCAUCUAGUGUAAUUAUUGGAUAUUAUUUCCUAAUUAUCAAUAUUCAUCUCACAGUUCCAGUGAUAUUAACGUGAUGGCGGUGUAUAAUAAUUGUGCCGGCACAAAUAUAUUAAUUUAGGAUGCAGCCUUAUUUGUGCUUUCAGUUAUAAAUAAAUCCAAUAUUAAGCAUUUAUUUCUAACAAAAGAAACAUCAAAACUCCUGCAUUUAUUUUGGUAAGGUAACAGAAAUCUCAAUUAUAAGCCAGACAUACUGGCAUUUGAGAUUAUUUCAAUGUUUUUUUUAAUUUUAUUUUACUAUAUCCCAGAACUUGGAUAUAUUUGUAUGCAAUCUGUGGGAAUUCUCAGAUGUGGCUCAUAGGAGUAUUGAAACUAAUUGCUAAAAUUUAUACUUACCUACAUUCUCCGUAUAACAUUACUCAAUUACUAAAACUGUUAUGGUGCUAUAUUAAUAUAAAUAGUAAAUAAAAAUAAAAAAUAAUAGAACAUAAGAAAGGAAAUAUUGGAUUGGAUUAUAUUGUAACUUUUCACUACCAUUUUACAUAUCAGCAUUGAUAUUGAAAGAAGUGCAUACUAACUACUCAACCAAAAGCCAAAGACAGUAAUGGAUUGUGCUAUGCUGUAUUAUAAUCUUCUUGGUAGAUGCCUUGUUGUCUUAUGGGAAGAUCUUUUAGGUAUCUGUAGGACUAGGGGUUGGUAAUUGAUAAAUCUGAAUUGUGGUGACACCUCGUACCAGGAAUGUAUCUGAAAUAACAGUUUUAAAUGAUUUAUAAUGGUCCCGUGUUAGAUUGCUCUGUUAUUUAAAGCUAUAAUGGCCAAAGGCACCCAUGGUAACUCAUUGCAAGUAUACCUGCUCUAAAAAUAAGAAAAUAUUUAACAAUAACAAAUAAGUUUUAUUCCACAUUUUCUUCAGAUAUGUAUAAGUAAUAUGUAUGCCAAUUUGUAUGAUAAUGUUCUACAGAAUAUGUUCUUUCUAUUUUUUAUAAUUUAUGAAAAUAGUUUAUCCUAAAAUGUAUACAGAGCAAAAAGAUUUCUUAUCGCAAUAUUUAAUCUUUUCAGCAAUGUUUGUAAACAUUAUUGCCUUUCUAUUUAUUUCAAUCUUUAUCAACUGAACUUUCACAAUACCAAUAACUUUUUUAUUAGCACAACAGUAAAACUAAAAUGAUUUUAAGAUAUUUACAGUAUGAAUGUAUUCAAGAUUGUUUUUGCUGUAUUGCUACAAAUAACUUAUUUGAAGAGUAUGCUUACAAAAGAUUUUGUAAAUGAUGUGAAUUCAAGAAAUGGCCUAAAUAGCAAAUACUUCAUUAUUGUUAAGAAAGAUGAUGACAAUGAUUACAACAAAAUAGAUCAAGUUGAUCAAAAUCAUAAUGGUGCAUAUUAUUUGAUUUUCGAUAAAAAUCUAAAGCCAGUACAAAGAAGAUUUAGAGAUUUAAAAAAAGAUAGAGAAGAAAGGAAGCAGGCUGAGCUUCUGAAAACACAACAAGAAAGAAAGGUGAAAGAGAUAACAGAGUUCAUUAAAGAUCAUCAAAUGACAACGAAUUUUUUGUAUGAUGAAGUGCAAAGGAUUAAAAGACAGAGACAGGUGAAAGAUGAUUUGAGAAGAAUGGUGGAAUAUUUAGAGAAACCGGGGAAGGGUGAUAUGCGUUUGAAAGUAUUAAAAUGCUAUUACCAAGCGAGAAAGGAAGAACCACUGUCAAGAGAUAUAUGGGGUUUGGAGACGAAUAACCUGGUUAUUAACGUGCUGAAAGAUCCCUAUAAUUAUGGAUAUAUUAAUUAAUAAAAAUUAUAUUUAAAUUCA